AUGGCAAGAAUGAUUCCCUCAGAAAUGGAUCCUUUAAUCCAUCCUACACUUUCUCUCUCUGUUCUAGCAGCAUGGGUAGCUGCAAUUGUAGCCAUAGUUGCAGCUCUUUGUGGUGUUAAAUCAAGAAAAACCAUACAACCACAACAUCCCUCGCCUUCAUCUUCACCUAAAACAGAGCAGCACAACACCCAGCAUGUAGUGAUGACGACGACGACGAUGACCACCACCACCACCACUACAACAACAACAACAACCACAGGUACAGAACCACCACAACCACCCCUAGAAACAAUUACAACAGAAGAAGUGGUAGCCACAGCUCCAUUGGCACAAGAGAAUUCAAAGGAGAGACCCACGGCAACAGCUAUUUCCAAGAGCAGCAACAGUGUAGUGUCGAAGGCAAAGAUGAUCAAGAGCUUAAGCGUGAGGUUACCAGGUAGUAGUGCCAUGUCAAAAUAUAAAGCCCGAAAGGAAGAAAACCAACAGCAGAAACAAGAGGAAACGAAAGCAGAGGAUUCAUUAUGGACAAAGACUAUAAUUCUAGGAGAGAAGUGUAGAGUCCCCGACGAGGAGGAUGCCAUCAUUUAUGAUGAUAAGGGCAACAGGAUUUCUGCUUACCCGGCGAGGACUCCUCGGUCCGUGCCGGUGUCUCGGACAAAUUCUUUCUCCUUACCAGAUGGAAUUCCUGCCUGA